GUGAGCGCGUGCGUUGUUCGUUUCGUGAGCUUAUAAGCUCCUUAACAGGCCACGCGUUCCUUUCUAUAUGCCAUCUCUAUAUGUGUUCAUCUUUUCGUUUGUCAAGGGAUCCAGGAUCCUGAUGUGUAUCUGAUAUAAGUAUAAUGUGGUGAAGUGAAACGUUUCCUGGGCGCGGCGACUCCGGCAGAAGGAAGGAAGAGAAGCCUAAUAAGCUGACCGGCAUGUGCACACAGUUCUGCCGCGGUACUGUCAUUUUGGCGAUGUUCCUCUGCCGGAUUUGCUCCGCCGAGGAACAGCCGGGUUCCUUCAAUGGACCCGGUCUCCUAGAAUCUUGCAAUAUUACUGCCGACGGAAAGGAGAUUUCUUGCCGCGGAGCUGGUUUUUUGUCCAUCUUGGAGCCUCUCGAUAUCACUACACUUCCAUCCAUCGUCAAUCUUACGAAACUAGAUUUAACGAGCAACAAUAUAACAGACAUUCCAGCCCGUGCCUUCAAUAGAAUUUUCAAUCUUGAAGUGUUAUUACUUCGACGAAAUCGUUUGCACACGAUCACCGAUGAUGCAUUUACGAACUUAACGAGCCUUCGAGUAUUGGAACUCGAUGACAAUUAUUUAACAAAAAUUCCAACCGCGAUCGUAAAGCUCUCUGGCCUUGAAGACCUGUCGCUGUCGAACAACCGGAUCGAAACUUUGGAGGAGCAUGUUUUUCGACGUGUCACUAAUCUGUUGUCGCUCGAUCUACGCGGGAAUCCCAUCAAAGAAAUACACGGGAACACUUUUCACAAUCUAUGCAAGCUUCGUAAACUGAUCCUGUCGAAUCUAAAAGAACUACAGAUAUUUCCUAAUUUGAAUGGAACAAAAUCGUUGGAAGUACUGAGAUUAGAUCGAGCACAAGUGACGAACGUUCCAAAAAAUUUAUGCGAGCAAUGUCCAAAAUUGAAAAGUUUCGAUAUGAAAUCAAAUUUUCUAACAGAAGUGCCAAAUUUACGAAAUUGCAGCGAGUUACGAGUUUUAAAUCUGGCCAGUAACAUGAUUCUGUCGUUUCCAAAUGAGCCAUUCAAAGGUCUGGACAUGUUGCACGACCUCCUUCUAUCGGACAACAAGUUGCAAGUAAUCCCAGGUGACGCGUUCACCGGCUUAUCGAGGCUACAAGUGUUGGAUCUAGAGAGCAAUUAUAUCGAGUACAUUCACCCUAACGCAUUUAAAGAGACGAAACAUUUAGAGGAUUUAAAUCUUGGGAAUAACGUGUUUCCCGUACUGCCAACGCUAGGGCUAUCAGGCCUGUUACAUCUUAAGACAUUCAACAAUCCAGCAUUGAGGGAAUUUCCAGCUCCCGAAAGGUUUCCACGUGUGCAAACGAUGGUAUUAUCGUACGCUUAUCACUGCUGCUCAUUUCUAUCGGUCGAGGUGGAGGAUCCGGUGACGAAAUCCUCCGUUCGAGAGUCUAUCCUGUUCCCCACUGACAAUGAUUUUGAUAUGAGCUUGUGGAACUCGAGUUUCACCGAUAUCUGGCCACAGCUCAAUUUUACAUACCCUGGUAACCUGCCCUCAUAUGUUGAGGAUUAUUUUGAAGAGCAGAACAACCGAGUUACACUGCCAGCUCAAACACUACCUUCUCACGUACAGUGCCUACCUCAACCUGGUCCUUUUCUACCGUGCCAAGAUCUGUUCGACUGGUGGACAUUACGUUGUGGUGUGUGGGUAGUAUUUCUACUCGCCAUGCUUGGAAACGGAACCGUAGUAUUCGUGUUAAUAUUCUCCAGAAGCAAGAUGGAUGUUCCUCGGUUUCUUGUUUGCAACCUUGCUGCAGCAGAUUUUUUCAUGGGCAUUUAUUUAGGUCUACUAGCAGUAGUGGACGCCUCGACUCUAGGAGAAUUCCGAAUGUACGCCAUACCGUGGCAAACUUCCGCCGGUUGCCAGUUAGCCGGUUUCCUAGGCGUUCUCAGCUCAGAGUUGAGCGUAUACACGUUAGCAGUAAUUACUUUAGAACGGAACUACGCCAUAACGCAUGCCAUGCAUCUGAACAAAAGACUUUCCCUCAAGCAUGCAGGUUACAUAAUGACCGUAGGCUGGUGUUUUGCACUGUCGAUGGCUAGCCUGCCUCUAAUCGGUGUAUCGGAUUAUAGAAAAUUUGCUAUAUGCCUGCCAUUCGAGACUAACGGGAACGCGGCGCUAGCAUACGUGAUCUUUUUGAUGUUGAUCAACGGCGUCGCGUUUCUUAUAUUAAUGGGAUGCUACCUGAAAAUGUACUGCGCUAUUAGGGGCUCCCAAGCGUGGAAUUCGAAUGAUUCGCGAAUAGCUAAGCGGAUGGCUCUGCUGGUGUUCACCGAUUUCCUCUGCUGGUCCCCCAUAGCGUUCUUCUCGCUGACUGCCACAUUCGGGUUGCAGCUGGUGUCGCUGGAGCAGGCAAAAGUGUUUGCCGUGUUCGUACUGCCGUUAAACUCCUGCUGCAAUCCGUUUCUGUACGCCAUCUUGACCAAGCAGUUUAAAAAAGAUUGCGUACUUAUUUGCAAGGCGAUCGAGGAGUCCAGGGUGACCAGGGGGAUCGGCAGAUGCCGGCAUAGCUCGAAUUUCAGCAACAGGCAGACACCGGUAAACACGAACAGUUUGGUGGACAGAUCGUCGCGAGAGAAUCAGACACCGUGUGCAUGUAAUUCAAGAUUACUCGAGGCUAGCCAAUGUUCCGGUUACCGACGAUGGGGCACCAGGAUAUUGUGGCCCUGCGCCAGAGACACGAGGCCCAGACACGCGCGUAGCGAUCAGUACGCAUAUCAAAUCGCAGAGAUCCAACAGAAACAACACAAACGAGCCUCAUCGGUAUCCUCCAGUGAAAAUUUCUCCUCGUCGAGGUCAGAUUCCUGGAGGCAGACUCAUCAUUGCGGUAUACCGUUAAGAUUAUUAGAUCCUAAACGGAGGGCUUCUUCGUGGCUGAUCACUAGAAAACCGUCUCAAGAUUCGAAUCUCAGCUCUUCCAGAAAUGAUUCUUCCGGUUCCGCUACCACCGCUAGCACUAGUACUUGGAGGAUUUCGAGGUCCAGCGCGUCCCUUGAGGUAACUGCCAGAAAUACGCCGAGACCAGCCAGGUCGAAACCAAGGCUCACCCGUCAGCUCGCGAUUCAAGAGCCUGAACCACCUGGAUCGCCAAGUAGAUUAGCUGCCAGACUCCUCGCAACUAUACCCUCCGCGGCAGAAACCAGUGAUCAACAAGAUGACGAUAAUACAGCGCAGUGUUAAAUUGAUUUCACGCGUAUCUACGCGGUUUAUAUUAUAGAGAUUAUAUUCGGUUAUAAUAUAAUAGAUUACAAAUAUGGGUCUCGUUGCUUCCGAAUGGUUUCAGUAUUAAGUGUCUUCUGACAAUGAGAGAGGUGUGAAAGAAAGGGAGGAGAUUGAAUACUCUGUAUAUUGGCGAUAAUCUCAUCGUUUAAGAUUAAGGUGAACGAAGAAACGAUGUAGAACGACGCAUUCUUCUUUCAACGUUGGCAAACAUUUGUUGAUUAAAGUUGAUUGUAAUAUAUAUAAUAUUGAAUAUCACAUUUUUAUUCUUUUUCUGAAUUGUUUUUUUGUAAAAGAGUUUAUAACACGUUGAAGGAGGAAGAGUAAAACUCUACCACUUUUAUUCUCUUUGUACAAUUAUUUAUACCGAUUAAUAAUUAAAAAUGCAAACGAUAUUGUAAAUCGUUUGGAUUCGUGAAAGAAACAAAAUUGAUCUACCUUUAUUGACCGUCCGUUACACGUGCAUAUAUAGAUAAACUGCAUCGAAGAGGAUAAAUACGGUAGUCAUAUUUGUUAAAUACUGCCAAGAAUUUUUAACGUGUUGACUGUUGAAGGAAUUUUAUAAUUUUUACAUUAAUAUUUCAUAAUACAAAGUGCUAUUAAAAUACUACUUUCUUUUUGUAUUUUGAAAGAUAAGACUUUUUCAAUAUUUAAUUAAAUACAAUCUAAGAUUUUUAAACAAUAUUAAAAAAUUACGAAUAAAUUCCACAACAGCCAACACAUUAAUUUAAUAAUAUAACGUACUAAUUUAAUUUGAUGAAAAAUUUUAAUUCUAUACGAGAGAAAGAAUUCAAAAAUAUGUAAAAGUGCGUCAAUUUCAUUGGGGCUUUUACUAUAAGAAAUUACUAGAGAAUUAUGACUCAAACGACAAAGUACACGAUGUUCCACAUAGGUUUCGAUUAAGAUUAGAACAUUGUACUAUUUACCGAUAAAUUUAAAAUAGAGCACACAGUAUUCUUUCUAUUCGUUCAUCUAUUUCCUGAACAAAGUUAUUAGGUCCGAUAGAAACUCGAACGCUUUUUUGUCUGUGGUUCAAAGGAAAAUCCUUUUGUUACGGGAUCAGUAUUUAAAAUCCAUUGUUCAAUUGUUAAUAAGCGUGUGUUGCGUUUUCAUAAGACUGAUGGUUUAUACAGUUUGUCCCAUAAUUCUAAUUUUGAUUCUAGUUGAUUUCUAGUUGAAAAUUUGGACACGUAAUUACGAUUUCUAAUCAAAUAUCAUAAUACCAGUGACGAAUAAUCUAAUAAUCUUAAUUUAUUUGUUAAUUAUUAUUGUUAAUUAUAGAAUGGUCGAUAGAUUCUCAAAUAAGUCGAAUUAGAAAAUUAAAUCGGUGGAUAAAUUUUCUAUAAUUUCUUUGAUAUAUCUUUGUGAUAAGAUAAUCUUUAUAAUAUAAAAAUUUCAUCUUAAAAUGAAAUUAGAUGAUUAUACACAAUUAUUUGAGAAUUUAUAAACCGUCUUAGAAUCAAUUCGUACAUUGUUACGUUCGUUAAUUACGAAAGUGAACAAUUAUAAAGUUGUGCAGCUGUAGUAGGUCACAGUUUGACCAUCCUAACCUAAAGACUAAGAUUAUAAGAUCGUUACGGCGUACAGAUGUUUAUACAUGGUUUUAAAUUAAUAACAAAGAUAUUUGUUAAUAUUAGUUAUUACCGGACUUAUUUGUUGAUGAGUGAAUUGUAUUGUUCUUUGUAUGCCAUUGUUUUGAUAUUUAAUACCGUUUGAGACCUCCAGAUUAUAAUUCUUGUAUUCUUUAAAAAAAUAUUCCAUUAUUUUAUUUAUAGUACAUUCAAUUCUAUUGAAUAUAUGAUUCUUUUCUAGAUUUUUAGUUUAAAAUUAGAAAAAAUAGUGGAGAUUCGUUAAAAACUUGUUGCUAUUAUGAAAAUAGUAAUCUGCAAAAUUUAUUAAAUUGGCAGUAUAUCGCUGUAUUAGUUUUAACCCUGACAAAAUCAUUUGCAGUAGUGUAAUUUUAUUUAGAAUAUUGUUUCGAAAGAACUAGAAUUUGCAUCUGAAAGUCUUGAACUGUACUUACAAGUAGUAAUAGAUUUAGAUCACGAAAAGUUAAAAAAUUGAAAUUGAAAUUGCAGUAGCUGUUUAAGAGUUUUGUCAUCUGUCAUUAUCGACGUAACACCGAACAUGUUUUGCGCGUGUGUCCGGUCCAAACUAUUUAAUAACGUUUUUCUAAUAAAAUAGCGGAUUAUGACGAA